UAAGAGCAAUUAAACCAUACGCUAUGCGCACAACGCUCCCAUCGGCUAUUCUCUGUCUCUUUAAGAAGCUUGAAGCUCCCAACCCUCUGCGCAAGUAAACGGCUCUCUCUCUCUCUCUCUCUCUCAUCCCAUAAGAGCAAUUAAACCAUACGCUAUGCGCACAACGCUCCCAUCGGCUAUUCUCUGUCUCUUUAAGAAGCUUGAAGCUCCCAACCCUCUGCGCAAGUAAACGGCUCUCUCUCUCUCUCUCUCUCUCUCUAUCACAUAAGGUCUCACAGAAGCUCCCAUCCCUCUGCGAAUAAACGGGAUGAAGUUUCUCCAUGGUGUCUCUCUCUUCCUUUCCUAGUAGCAUUUCUGGAUAGAGAGUGAGGCUUCGAAUCGCAUUGAAUCCCUUGGCCUUGGAGGCCUCUCAAGGCUUUUAAGAAGAAACACGGUGCGUUUUAGAGAGAGAUGGGCGAACACCACAGGGACAGCAGUAGCAGGCGGAGGAGGAGGAGCAGAAGUUUGUCAAGGUCAGGGGCAGAUUCAGACAACUCCUCUUUCUCUUACUCAUCCUCCCCUGGUAGAAAGAGAAGUCGAAAUCCAAGUCGUCGAGAAAUAACAGAGGAGGAAAUUCAGGAGUACUUGGCCAGAAAGAACGAGAUCAUUGCCAAGAAAGCCCAGAAAAAGGCUUUGAAAGUGGCAAAGAAGCUCAAGACGCAGACCGUUUCUGGUUAUUCCAAUGAUUCCAAUCCCUUUGGGGAUACAAACUUGAACGAGAAGUUUGUGUGGCGAAAGAAGAUAGAACGAGAUGUUGGUCAAGGUCUCACAUUGGACAUGCUGUCUGUUAAAGCUGAGAAAAAGCGUCAAAGAGAAAGAAUGGCAGAAAUUGAAAAAGUGAAAAAGAGAAGGGAGGAAAGAGCAAUUGAAAAAGCUCAGCAUGAGGAAGAAAUGGCUAUGUUGGCUAGAGAACGUGCUAGAGCAGAGUUUCAGGACUGGGAGAAGAAAGAAGAAGAGUUUCAUUUUGAUCAAAGCAAAAUCCGGUCACAAAUUCGACUGCGGGAAGGGCGUACGAAGCCUAUUGAUAUUCUUUCCAAGAACCUGAAUUGUUCUGAUGAUUUUGAUAUUGAAAUAAAUGAACCUUACAUGGUUUUCAAGGGUCUAACAGUCAAGGAGAUGGAAGAGCUUCGUGUUGACAUCAAAAUGCAUCUGGACUUGGACAGGGCAACACCGUUGCAUAUUGAAUUUUGGGAGGCAAUGAUGGUAGUUUGUGAUUGGGAGCUAGCGGAGGCUCGAAAGAGGGAUGCACUUGAUCGUGCUAGAGUGCGUGGAGAAGCACCACCUGCUGAGGUGCUUGCGGAAGAAAGGGGCCUGCACUCAAGCAUUGAAUCAGAUGUGAAGAGCCUUUUAGAUGGCAAAAGUUUCAAUGAGUUGGAGGAGCUUCGUUUUCAGAUUGAAUCACAGAUGCUUUCUGGGACUGCCAAAGUGGUGGAGUAUUGGGAAGCUGUUCUGAAACGUCUUCAGAUAUACAAAGCCAUGGCACGCCUGAAAGAGAUCCACACUAGCUUGCUGCAUAAACACUUACAACGUCUGGAGCAACCUAUAGCAAAUGAACCUCAGAUCUUGGAUGAAUAUCAUGAUUUAAGUUCAAAAGAGGAAGAAACUGCACGAGAGGUGGAAGAUAUUCGGCCGUACUCCCCGCUGCCUGUGGCAGAGGAACCGGCGUAUGAGCUCGAGGAAGAGCCCGGCUCGUUUUCCCCUGAAUUAUUGCAUGGAAAUGACGAGGAUGAAGGAAUAGACCCAAAAGAGGACAUGGCUGAGCUGGAACGGAGUCGUGCUGCUGUUUUAGAAGAGCAUCAAAGGCGGCUCCAAGAAGCGGCCACUGCAAGGGCCUCUGGCUUGCCUGACAAUGAUACAGAGCUUACACCUCAAGAGAGGGAGCUUGCUGUGAAUUCCAUGGGGAAAGAUGAUGGAGACUUCGCAUUAGGGCCUGGUGCUGAAGUCAACCUGGAAUCACAGGUAUAUUGGUGGCACGAUAAAUAUCGUCCGAGAAAGCCCAAGUACUUCAACCGUGUCCACACUGGAUAUGAGUGGAACAAAUAUAACCAGACGCAUUAUGAUCAUGAUAACCCUCCUCCAAAGAUUGUUCAGGGUUAUAAGUUCAAUAUAUUUUACCCUGAUCUAGUGGACAAAACAAAGGCACCUGUCUACACCAUAGAGAAGGAUGGAAGCAGUGGAGAGACAUGCCUUAUUAGGUUCCAUGCGGGGCCACCAUAUGAAGACAUUGCCUUCAGAAUAGUGAACAAGGAGUGGGAGUAUUCUCACAAAAAAGGUUUCAAGUGCACCUUUGAACGUGGCAUAUUGCAUGUUUAUUUCAACUUCAAACGCUAUAGAUAUCGAAGAUAAGGAGAAAAGUGGGCAUCUAAGGCUGAGCAAAAUAUUCAUGUACCCGAUCCCAACAGAGCAUAUAUCUUUUGUGAAGCAGUCACCGUAUGUUUCGAUGUGCUAAUAAUGGUCUCAGGAAAAACGUUUGGUAUUUUAAAACCCUCCAGUACUGGGAUUGCUUCCAAGGAUUGGGAGCAUGUUCUUAGCUAUUCAUUACAUGGUGAAAGCACGUAUGCAUCUAUGUUCUAAAGCUUUGUAGCUCUUUUAUGCCACAUUGCAGCUACUGCUUUCCUUUUUCUUUGUACAACAGAAAUUUCUGCAUUUGUCUGGUUGGGUUGUGGGUAAACAUACUUGUUUCUUUAUGACUAAUGAGAUUUGCGCGAAUCCAAUACUAAGUUA